AUGCAAGCAGUUCAAGCACUUAAAAGGGCAAAAGGAGAUGAACUCAAAAUCAAUGAAAUCAUUUCAAAAAAUCUCUCUCGUUUAAUCAAAAAUGAUUUAUUAGCUUCGCUAAGUGAAUUGCUUAGACAAGGUCACUGUGAGCUAGCUAUGAAAGUGUUUGUUGAAGUGAAAUCAGAUUUGUAUGUGAAGACUAAUGUUUCUCUUUAUGCUGAUAUUGUAUCAGCUUUGAGUAAGUAUGGAAUGAUGCAAGAGAUUGAUAGUGUUAUUUCUGAGUUGGAGUUUGAAGUUUUGAUGGGUGAUGAUAGAGGACUUUCUAGAUUGAUUAAGGGUUUGAUUUCUGCUGGUAGGAAGGAAUCUGUUGUUAGGGUUUAUAGGUUGAUGAAAGAGGGGGAGUGGGGAUCUGGUGUAAGUGUUGAUGAAUAUGUUGUUAGGAUUUUGAGUAAAGGGCUCAGAAGAUUGGGUGAAAAUGAUGUUGCUGAUGAAGUUGAUGCACAGUUUGGGGUUUCUAUUGAUGGGGUAUUGGAGAAAUUGAGUAGUGUUUAA